UUGAAAACCCAUUAUGAACUUGUCAUGAUCUCAUCUCCCUGAUUAGCCUCCUUGUCACUUGGAUUCUCUCCUCUUGUCACGUUUCUCUAGGCUUUUUUUCCUGAUUGCCCUCUCAUGGAUAUCCAUAUGCAUAACCUUUGACUAAGACAGGUGGGAUCUGAUCUUCACUAAUUGAUUUAGCUCCGCUUUGAAUAGGAACAGUUUUCCUCCUUCAGCUCCACCCUUCUCCAUCCUCCUGGGAAAUCUGCCUCCACUCUUUCUGCUUAUUCAGGGAGAGAGGCCUUCUGAAUUGGUUGCUCUGAAGAGAGCUCCGGGGCCUCUCAGUGAGGACACCUGAAGCCAAUGUGUCUGAAAACCCAGUACUCUCCAGUCAUUAUACAGGUUCCCAUAGUCACUGUGUGCUUAGCCAUUUUGUUGGCCCCUGAAAUCUGGAACUAAAUCAGACACAGUCCCUACCCUUGGUGGCCUCACAACAAUAAAGAAUGUGUACUGUGUACGGCAUACUCAGUAGUAUGUGUUUUCAUAUGUUACCUCUGAGGGUAACAUACGGAAAAGAGGGACUUAAUGCUUGACAGUGAAACACAUGGAGGCUCACGUCAAAUAAUGUGGAUCAGGUCACAUGUCCGCAGGAGCCAUUACUAGAGGGAAUGGGACAGGGGAGCCCAGGAGUUAUUGGCUAGAGGGCCUCAGCCCUUUCCACACUAAGAUAUCAGGGAAGGUCAGAAACACCACUUCCUUCCAUGUAGCCUCUCCUGUAGAUGCCUGCCUACAGCCUAUUCUGCAUUAACUCUGGAACUACCUCAAGCCUUGGAGUAUGCAGCUAGCAUUCCAGAAAGGCCAGACCCAGAAGAGAAUGUGGUGCCACCCCAGAAGGAGACCAGCCUGCCUGGUUCAAGCACCAGGUUAUAAUGGGAAGACAGGACAUGCUCUUGAAACGUAUAAGGAAAAGGGGAAGGAAAAACUGGAGGAGGACGAGUCGGCAGCAGCCAGCACCAUGGCCGUCUCUGCCUCCCUCAUGCCACCCAUCUGGGACAAGACCAUCCCCUAUGAUGGCGAGUCUUUCCACCUAGAGUACAUGGACCUGGAUGAGUUCCUGCUGGAGAAUGGCAUCCCUGCCAGCCCCACCCACCUGGCCCAGAACCUCCUGCUGCCUGUGGCAGAGCUUGAAGGGAAGGAGUCUGCCAGCUCUUCCACAGCAUCUCCGCCGUCCUCCUCUACUGCCGUCUUUCAGCCCUCAGAAACCGUGUCCAGCACAGAAUCAUCCUUGGAAAAGGAGAGGGAGACCCCAAGUCCCAUCGACCCCAACUGUGUGGAGGUUGAUGUGAACUUCAAUCCUGACCCUGCUGACCUGGUCCUCUCCAGUGUGCCAGGUGGGGAGCUUUUCAACCCUCGGAAGCACAAGUUUGCGGAGGAAGACCUGAAGCCCCAGCCCAUGAUCAAAAAAGCCAAGAAGGUCUUUGUUCCUGAUGAGCAGAAGGAUGAAAAGUAUUGGACAAGACGCAAGAAGAACAAUGUGGCAGCUAAACGCUCCCGGGAUGCCAGGCGCUUGAAGGAGAACCAGAUCACCAUCCGGGCGGCCUUCCUGGAGAAGGAGAACACAGCCCUGCGGACGGAGGUCGCUGAGCUUCGCAAGGAGGUGGGCAAAUGCAAGACCAUCGUGUCCAAGUAUGAGACCAAGUACGGGCCGUUGUAACCUGUGCCCCUUGCCCCGCAGGGCACUGCCUGCACUUCAGACCUCUGCCUGGGGCUUCCUGGACCCCACACUCGUGUGGAGACUUAGGACUCUUCAUGGGCACAUGGUGGCGUACCUGCUCUAGGAGCGUUCACGUCUCAGCUUCAUUAUAACAUGGCCAGCACACGUGGUGACUUCCCCAGGGGACCAGGCUCCUCUCUGAUGGGGAACAUGAGCGAAUCUAUGUAGACGGGUAAAUGGCCCAAGUUUCUCUUCUUGGAUGUCCCAGCCGAAUCAGAAGGGACCUCUGCAGUCCAGAUCUCUCUUUACAGAGUGCUCAGGCUUUCCCAGCCUUCCUCAGUCUCCAGUCUGGACCGACAAGGGCUGUCUACAGAAUGAGUCAUGAUGGUUGUCACCCUAUCGUUGUCUCAGGUAGCAGGUGCAUUUUUACUUGGGGUGUGGCUGUCAUGCACCUCACCCUCCCCAAAAGAAUCUUUGAGAGAAACAUUCAUUCCCAUCUGUCUCAGAGCCAGGACACGCUGACACUCUGUUAGUGUGUGGAGGAUGGUGGGCCAUAAGAGUGGGGUCCCUGCAUAGCCGGGAAUUGGGGUGGGGCUUGGGGCUUUCAGCAGAAGUACAUCCUACCAUUCUUAGCUCCCGUAUCCCUUUUAUCUUGUGGCUUUCAGGCCUGAAGCAGCCCUGGGAUCAGCUCCCUCUACAUCCCACUUGCUAUGGAAGAGACAUUUACAGGAUGGCUGGUCUCUGGGCUCCAAUUGCCAGCAUCUAAGGCAGCCUUUGUAUCUCAGGCCAGUCUGGAGGCUCCUGACUUCCGCUUACCUAGCUUCUGGUUAUUUUUUACCCAGGAACCAUUCUCAGAUCUUAGGUUUAAAAAGAAACCCCAUCACCUAAGAAGCUUAAGCUUCCUAGCCCAGGGUACCACUUCUGCAUGGUAUUUGGGAAACUGGUCUCCAGUCUCCUGUUCUGGGUACCAGAGCAAGGGGCUGUCUCUUGAGACGCUCCAUUGGUUCCUUGCUCCGGCUCAUUGACAUGUCCCAGGCCAGACUCUAGUCUCCCUGAAGACAGAAGAGGGCCUUUAACUUCACAGAUCAGAACCCCUCCCCGGAGUGUCAGGGUGCAACCUCAUAGGAGUUGUUGCACUUGCCAGAGUCACAGUACAGCUCUCGUAAGAUGGCAGGCUCUGGGGACAUUUACACUGGCCUGGAGUCCCUCAGUCUUGGUCUCCGGAGUCAGGGGCUGCCCACACAGGUCUGGCCAUGGGGUGGAGUGAUUCCUGCAGCUGUGGCUGCUUCCUCCUCUGCCUCACGGCUGUACCUUUCUCUUCUGUUGGGCUGAACUUGUGCUCUUACUCCGGCCAGAGGGUUGGCUGAGGGAAUCAUGGAACCCUCUGCUCAUGUGGGUCAGUGAGGGCACCCUUCAGGAGGGUGUGUUUAUUUGCUCAGGGUGGGCAGCCUGUGUGAAGGAGACAGAGGUGACGAGGGUGCUUUAUUAUCCUUAACACUGGCUUUAUUUUCAGUGGUGGCUUAGUUUGGGGCCCCAAUCUUUUAAGACUUUUCAUAAUGAUGUUCAGACCAGGGCAAACCAUCUGCUGGCCAUGGACUGCAGCCAGGAGAUGCCCUGCCCCUCCUGGGACCUGCACACCACCUCUCGACAAAGGUCCCUGAGGCCAUGGGAGGUCUCCCUCCUUCUAGGUCCCUGACUUUGACUUUGUGGUUCUGUAGGAACCAUGUGCACACUUGUCACUCUGUUGUAACCACAAAGGGCAGUUGCACCCAGCAUGUCAGUGUCCUGCCCCAGCUGCCUGCCUCCCACCCACCCGGCACUCUCUGGGCCGGCUGUUCACCCAGAGGCAGUUCUCGCUUCGUUACUGGUGGACAAGCCUUGAGCUAAAAGGCUCUUCGUUCUCUUUGGCUAGAAAAUGUAAGGUUUGUGUUUUCUAAGUUUUAGUUUUUAAGGAAUGGAUACUUAUCUCUGGAUGCCAUCUGUGUUCUGACCCCAGUGGGUGGGUUGGGGCUUAAUGUCUCUCCCUUGGUCCUACCUUCUGCCUUGUGGUACCCUCCUUUCCUUCCAGAAGUCGGGGGGUCUGGCUCCUCCUAAAGUACUUACUGGGAAACCGUGUGGCCACUUGCUUCUUGGAGAAGCCUUUUGAAAGCGGCAGGUACAGGAAGGAGCAUGCCUGGAGGUUGAUGUCCUAGAGAGAAAGUAUUCACAGAGGGGCCGUUCCUCGGUUGGCCUUUGGACCCAAGGCUGUGCAGAAAGAGUUGAUCUCUGGGGUUUGUCUUGCCGUGAAAGUCUCCUAACUCCCUCUAGGAGCUGAUGGCUGAAGUCUGAGGCUCUGGCACUCAGCUCUUUGACAUCUUGUAAAGAGAAGCAGGCUUGAGAAGCCAACUUCUGUUUGGCUCUCCAUGGGCUCACCUUGGGAUGAGAAGUGCUCUCACUUCCUAAGCGACCUGUUCUCAGCUGUGGGAGCCUCCUUGCAAACUCAGAAAAGACGCAUGAAUGAACUUGAAUGCUGCAGGAGUGUACAUACAAGAAAUGUCUAGAUAAAAGAACUACACAUGUUUGGAGAGAGCCAGCCACCCUGUGGAGGACCUGCCUCAGUCACCUUAUUCUUGGCCCAAAGACUGAGCUUUGUGGGUCUGACUCCCUUGGUUGGGGAUGGUACUAGGCAGUGAUGCUCCUUGUCCACACUCCCUGCUGAGAGGGUGCUGUGGCCUGCUUUCCACUCAGGCAGCUCCUCCAGUCCUCCAGCCUGGGGACAGAUGUGAAGCUCUCCAGUGGCCCUGAGAGGUAUGCUCCCUGUAAGGAGGAGCCGUGGAGCCCCUGGUUUCCAGGGCUAAACCCCACCCACAGCUUCUUUAACAUCUGUUAAUUAAGUGCAAUAAAUUUUUCUAGAAAAAGGCAAAGAUGAUUUCCAGGUAGAGAUUGCUGUCUUUUGGUAUUGGGAUGCCAGAACACCACUUGGUUUUAUUUUUCUAAGUGCAUGUGAUUGGUAGAGUGUGUGGGGCUCUGCAUCCUCCCUGGGAGCCACAUUCCAGCAGCCCCUCUCCCUACCUUUGUUGGGGGAAAGAGGCCAGGAGAAAACCCCUCUGUCCCAGCUGCAGAGGUAGAAGCAGACAGCAGCCCAUUGGCCUUGUGUGUGUGUGUGCCUGUGCGAGUGUGUCACGGCUGCUGGGCCGGAGGGUGUGGUGGGGGGAAGUUGGGAAUGUAUCCUUUUCAAACAAAUUAAAUAUUUUGAGACGAGAA